AUGAAAGAAUUACCAGUUUAUGUAGACAUUAAAAAUGGAAGAACGCGUGUAUUGACAGAGAUAAGUAGAGUUGAAGGGGAUGUCGAGGAACUUUGCAAUGAUAUACGAAAAGAGCUUUUCUACGAGUCUCAAGAGAAAAACUUAGUUAGAGUCAAUCAUACAAAUAAUCAUGUAAUUAUUAAGGGACGACAUGGCUUUAUGGUAAAGGAAUGGUUGGCAAAGAAAGGAUUUUGA